ACUAAUUGUCAUUGGGUGGACUGUUCACAGGAAUACUCUACACAAGAUGAACUGGUUAAGCAUAUCAAUCAGGAUCAUAUUCAGGCCAAUAAGAAGUCGUUUGUCUGUCGGUGGAUUGAUUGUAGUCGAGAAGAGAAGCCAUUUAAAGCUCAGUAUAUGUUGGUGGUUCAUAUGAGAAGACACACUGGAGAAAAACCACAUCGGUGCACUUUUGAAGGUUGUAAUAAAGCGUAUUCCCGGUUAGAAAAUUUAAAAACUCAUCUGCGUUCACAUACAGGAGAAAAACCUUACAUGUGUGAAUUUCCAGGCUGCAGUAAAGCAUUUAGUAAUGCUUCUGAUAGAGCUAAACAUCAAAAUAGAACACAUUCUAAUGCUAAACCGUAUGUUUGUAAAGCUGCUGGUUGUACUAAACGAUAUACUGAUCCUAGUUCAUUACGUAAACAUGUUAAAACAGUUCAUGGUCCAGAGUUUUACGCAAACAAAAAACACAAAUCUAAUGAACCUCACUUUAAAAAGGAAGAAGAUCCGGUAAGAUCUGGGGUUUAUUUUGUUGUUGAGAGAUGUUCUAGAUUUUGUAUGCUUGUCAUGGCUUUUUUUUGUAUUACAAUAACUUCAGAUAGAUGUAUGAAACCAGUAAGUAAUUUAGAUUUUUUGUUUAUUUCAGGAUAA